AUGAAACACGCAGUCGCAGUUUCCUUGGUCGCGGCAAUGGCCGUCCAAGGUCUUGUUAUCCCUCAUUUCGAGGACAUGCCUCAACAGGUUGCCCUGGUUGCACAGCCUCACCAGGUUGCUCAAGCUCACGAGGUUGCCCAACAAGCCCUCCCAACCGUUUCUUUGCUUUCUGUUGAGAAUUCCAGACCAUUGGUCACCUCUCCAGUUGCUUCUCAGAACAUCGUGCCAAACUCGUACAUUGUCGUGUUCAAGAAUGGCGUGUCUUCAGACUCUGUGGACUUCCACAUGUCCUGGUUGCAAGAUAUCCACGCACAGGCUUUGCAGGCUUUCGAGUCGAACCCAGAAGAGGCUUCCACAUUGGGCUUCACCAAUGAGUCAUUGAACCUCACCCAAAUGUUCAAGAUUAGCGACUUCUUCUCCGGCUACACCGGCCACUUCCCAGAGUCUGUUGUCGACCUUAUCAGAAGACACCCAGACGUUGCAUUCGUCGAGCACGACUCAAUGGUGUACGCAUCCAAGGAGGAGACCCAGGUGGGUGCUCCAUGGGGUCUUUCCAGAAUUUCCCACAGAGAAUCCCUCAGUCUCGGAAACUUCAACCAAUACAUCUAUGACGAUAUCGCCGGAGAUGGUGUCACCUCCUACAUUAUCGAUACUGGUAUCAACAUCCACCACCAGGAGUUUGGCGGCAGAGCAAAAUGGGGUAAGACUAUCCCAGUUGGUGACGCCGAUGAGGACGGAAACGGUCACGGAACCCACUGUGCAGGUACUAUUGGUUCUGAGCACUACGGUGUUUCCAAGAACGCCAACUUGGUUGCAGUCAAGGUCCUUAGAUCCAACGGUUCUGGUUCUAUGUCCGAUGUCGUCAAGGGUGUCGAAUUCGCCGCCAACUCCCACCUUGCUGAGUCUAAGGAAAAGAAGGCUGGUUUCAAGGGUUCCACCGCCAACAUGUCUCUUGGAGGUGGUAAGUCGCCAGCUCUCGACUUGGCCGUCAAUGCUGCUGUCAAGGCCGGUCUCCACUUUGCCGUUGCUGCUGGUAACGACAAUGCUGACGCUUGCGACUACUCUCCAGCUGCCGCAGAAUCUGCUGUCACUGUUGGUGCUUCCACGCUUUCUGACUCCAGAGCAUACUUCUCCAACUACGGUAAGUGUGUUGACAUCUUUGGUCCUGGUUUGAACGUGCUGUCCACUUACAUUGGCUCCGAGACUGCCACUGCCACUCUUUCCGGAACUUCUAUGGCUUCUCCACACGUUGCUGGAUUGUUGACCUACUUCCUUGGUCUGCAACCAGACGACGACUCCGCAUUUGCAUCUGCUUCGAUCUCUCCUGCUCAAUUGAAGAAGAACAUCAUCAAGUACGGUACCAAGAAUGUUUUGUCGGACAUUCCAGACGACGGAACUCCAAACAUUUUGAUCUACAACGGAGCUGGCAAGAACUUGACUGAUUUCUGGAACACAGACUACGAGUACACUGCCGAGCACUCUUUCAAGGACGACUUGGACAAGGCCCUGAAGAUUGUGUCUUCUGUGGAGAUCGACCUGGAGGGUGUCAAGGAGAAGUUUGACGAGCUUUUGAACGAGGUGCAAAAUGACGUCAAGUCUUUGUUGAACUAG